AUGUCUACACACUCGUUCACACACAUGCGUCUCUUUCUCUCUCCCUCCUCUCUCUCUCCCCCCCUCUCUCUCUCUCUCUGUCUCUCUCUCUUUUCUACUUCCGGUGUAUGGAAAAACAACGUGAUAUUUCUUAAUUUCUACAAAAUUCUUUGGAUCAAAUUCGAGAUGAAAGAACCCGUGAAAUGUGAAAUAUGCUCUGUGGAAGUCAGCAAAUACAAAUGUCCAAAAUGUCUGAUUAAAUAUUGCUCAGUGGCAUGUUACAAAACACAUUCUUCAAAUCCAGAAUCCUGCAAAUUACGAAGAAAAGAUUCUUCAGAUGUUAAACCAACAAAAACUGAUGAAAAUCCAGCUGAAAAUGAAAAUAAUUUAGAAGAAAGUGAAAUGACAGAUGACCAGGUGUUGUCAAGUCAGCUUCAGAAAUUAGAAUCAUCCAGUGAGUUAAAGGACCUUUUGACAAACAGACAUUUACGUGACAUGUUGGUUCAGGUAAACAGCUCAAAUCAAAUCAGCAGAGACAUUGAGCAAGCCAUGCAGGAGCCGAUAUUUUGUGAAUUUGCUUCACAAUGUUUGGAAAUUGUGAAAAAUGGAGAAAAUGCUAACAAUGCACCGAAUUUGCAGUUGCCUGAAUUAAAUGAAAUGGAAUUACCAAUUUAG